CGACAGCAACACGGCGUCAGUGCCCGUUUAGAAGCGGUUACGAAUGCAGGUGUGACGUCAGACCCUGCAACUAGUGCCAGUCUACUAUGAUUCUCACCCUUGUACUCCUUGCUGGGGUUCUCUUCUCCACUAUAUCAACAGAAGAGAUUUCAACCCUUGAUCCAACAGAACAAGAACCUGACUAUGAUGUAUCUGUACCAAGCAAUGAAGCACCAGCAGAUUCUGGUAGUGAUGGACCAACUGAAACCUUCAAUGAGAUAAAUACAUUUCCUUCAAGAGCAACGGAUACUAACAUAACAACUGAAGAAGUUAAUAAAAUCCUAGCAGCUAAUUCUGAAGUGCCACAGCUGUCAAGAAGUGAAAUACAGGAGAUCUUGGACAACAUUACGGAUGUCAUGCCAGGAGGAGAUCCAGUUUCUGAGAGUACCUUUCAGAUAAACACACUACAACCGGGAAAUUACAGAACACAUGAAGAAUAUUUGAGAGCUAUGAGGGCGCUGAUGCUAGUACUGCCUUAUAAUGCCAUGAAUCUCAGCAACUCAAAAAUGCAGGAGUUAUACACAAAAGCCCCAAUAAUACAGUUCAUCGGAGAAAACUCAGAAGUUGUGACUACAACCACCACAGAAAUGAGACCUUCAGUAGCAACCACUGCUGAAGAACCACAACAAAAUGAGCAAUACUAUAAACAACAAACAAAAUAUCCAAAUCAUCAUGAAGUAUACCAUAAGCCCUAUGAAUCAAAACCCACAGAUUUCAAAUCAAAUUAUAAUUACGAAUCACAAACAAAAGGACCAAUAACCACAUUAACAACUGGAAGCAUUUCAGCAACUACAAGACUUAAGCACAAUCAGCAUCGUCGACGUCGCCCAUUGGUUACAACAGCAAAAGCCCCUGGAAGUUGUGAACAUCAGUUUACCAAUCAGCAUUGUCAGACAGCUAAGUUAUCUUCAAGUGAACAGACUCCAACAACAGUGUAUCCACAAAUAACUGGCACUUACAAUACAACAGACCAGUAUUACCAAUCAAUCAAGUUGUCAUCAGUACAAGAAGCUGUAACAACAGUUUAUCCAGAAAGGCUGAACACGCAAGAAGGCAACAUGUCACCCAGUCACAUAAAUCCAAACUACAAUGUUCAACUCCAGUCACAAUUUCAAAAUACAGCUCAGCAUCACAAUGGAAUGCAACCGAACAUCAGCCAAAAAAUAAUAAAACCAACCAGUACAACAGUCAAUGAACACUAUUCAUCAACAGAAUCAACAGGUAUUGGACUUGAUCUUCCCUCUGACAUUAGAAACCUGCUAACAUCUUUCAAUUUAGAUCAUGAGCUACCAGUCCACAACACAACAGAACAGGUGACUCUGUUUAUAACACCAGCAACAGAUGGAUCCGUUUCACAACCAACCAAGUAUAGUAGCCUGUAUUCUGCAAGUGAAAUAGUCACAACACAAAAACCAGUCAUGCGUGACGACAUUAAGGAAAUACUUGCAUCCAUCGGUCUCUUUCCAGACAAAGAGACACACAAUAAAACACCUGGAACUUCUACAACAACUGCCAUGCCAGAUAUAGCAACAGCUGCAGAAUCCUUGUCAUCUGAAAUGAAAGAGCUUCUUAUUUCUUUUGGACUCCUGCCAUCACCAAAUGAUAUCCAGCAGGCUACCAAAAGUCAGGAUCACAGACAGGCCUAUGAUCAACAAGCGGCAAGUCCAGUUGCUGAUCCCAGUUCAUAUCUCAGUUUCAAGCCCCUUCCUCUGGCAGCAAAUGAAAACAAAGAAGAUGAAGAAGAUAAAUACCUAAUGAGUAGUGACAUGAAACAGUUUCUAGCAUCUUUUGGUUUGGUGUCAACAUCUGAUGCUGAGGAAGGAUAUUCCAAUAGUGGAAGCUUUCAUGAACACAGUAAUGUCCAUGGAUUCAGGUCACGGAAAGCACUUAAAACAGAGGCUCAGACUUUGAUGAAUAGCAGUGGUAAUUUAACUAACCAGGAAUCUGGUCAUUCAGUUGAGAACUCUAGUGAAACAGUGCCUCAUAUCAACAUGGACUUGUUGACUGAUGAAAUGAAACAAGUUUUAGAAAAUCUCGGAUUGCUUCCUUCUACAGAAUUACCAACAAACAAUAAUGAAAGCCACAUUUUCAAUCCCUCAGCCCACUCAGCAUCACUCCAUCCCACAGAGGAAGAAGCCCAAAGACUGUCAAAACUCUUAGACACCAUAAAAAAGCUCAUGAAAGAGAAUGGAACCAUUACUCAAGAUGAGAUUGAUGGCCUGAAUGCAUCUAUAUCCUUCAUUCUUCCACCUGUUCCUGUGGAAGACAGCAGCAAAACAGCUCAGUUGGCAGAAGAUCUGCCCACAACAUUAUCUGAAGAGAGGAAAGAAGGCAGUAAUGCUGUGCCUCUGCAUCACAUAAAAGAUGCACCUAACCCACUGUCUCUGGAGGAGCUUCUGCUAGUACAAGAGGACAGCAAAAAUGAAAUUAAACGCCAGCAGCCAAAUAAUGAUACUUCGAUUGAAGAGACUCCCAAAGAUGAAGGACCAUCUUUAACAGAUCUUGCAGCUUCUUUUGGUGGUGGCAAUACUGCAGCUGAUGAAGAAAGUGUGGAUGAUGCAUUACCAACAAAGAAGCCAAAUGGACUGUAUUUUCUCCUUGACUGGAACACUUUCUUAGAUGUUGGAGAAGAAGGUAGCAGCAGAAAAGUAAAUCUGCAUUUUAAUCCCAGACUUGGAAAUAGUAGAGCUUUUCUACCAGUAACGGUUCCUUGAAUAGUUUCAUACACAGAAAACAGAUGUUUUUAUAGCAGUUUGAAACAAGUCUUGUGUGAUGGUGUGGCAGACAGUUACUGCAAUAUUUGGGAGAACCCGGAUGUUACUGUCAUCAGGAUGAAGUGGCCUGUAUAUUUCUCAGUCAUGAAGCAUUGGGGAAUUCCAAUCAAAAUGGAGAAUUCCUAUUGCUCUCUCGCAUGGGACUAUAAAUAUCACUGAAAGACCACUGAUCCCCUUUAACAUGGAGUCAGCUGGGCUUCCCAAAGUGUUAUCAAUCAAGAAUGAAACACAGAUUGGCCCAGUCAAUAAAAUAUAGCCACUGGACAGCCAAAACUCAAACCUGGUAAUGUGUUAGAAUAAUGUAUCAAGAAACAAUUAUAAAUAUACUGAAGGGCAGAUUAUGUCAGUUCUUCCAAUCCAACCAUCGAUCUAUAUUCAUGGAUGUGUGUGUUAAAACAAAUAAAACAGUGGAAAAGAGGCAUAAAUAUUGUAAGAUACUAAUCUCUCUUUUUAUCACAGUUCCUUCAUACUGCAAUGGAACAAUAUUCUGACAAUAGACUAGAAGGGUAUUAUAUCAUAAAAUUAUGUUAGAUUCCAACAACAAAAACUGUAUACUGUGAUGCAAAAAAUA